CGAAGAAAGAGUGAAAAUGAGUACAGGAGGCUUUUAAUCAUCGUCAUACAUUCAACAUCAGGUGACAAAGCCACCACACUAACCAGAGACAGUUUAGUUAAUUUGGGAAGGAAAAGCCUGAGAACUAUUAAAACUAUUUUUGGCCAUUGCAGGAGUAAUUUAUAUUUUAAAAGGUUUGUUUUUUCCUCUUGCCGUGUCCGCGGAUGCUCCCUCUUCCACUACUGGAUCUCAACUAAUGGAUCUAAACUCUCUUCAGGUGAGUGACCCUGGGUCAAGAUGACUGAGCGCUACGACUGUCAUUACUGCAAGGAGUCCCUGUUUGGGAAGAAGUAUGUUCUCAGAGAGGAAAAUCCCUACUGUGUGAAAUGUUAUGAGAGCCUGUAUUCCAACACCUGUGAGGAGUGCAAGAAGCCUAUUGGCUGCAACACCAGGGAUCUGUCCUACAAGGACCGUCACUGGCAUGAGGACUGUUUCAAGUGCUUUCAGUGCAAGCGCUCGCUGGUGGACAAGCCCUUCUCCACCAAGGAUGAACAACUCCUCUGCACUGAGUGCUACUCCAAUGAGUAUUCCUCCAAGUGCCAUGACUGCAAGAAAACCAUUAUGCCAGGCUCCAGGAAGAUGGAGCACAAGGGGAACAGCUGGCAUGAGACGUGCUUUACCUGCCAGAGAUGCCAGCAGCCUAUUGGCACAAAGAGCUUCAUCCCUAAGGACAACCAUAACUUCUGUGUGCCCUGCUAUGAGAAGCAAUUUGCCAUGCAGUGUGUGCACUGCAAGAAGCCCAUCACCACUGGCGGGGUGACCUACCGUGACCAGCCCUGGCACAAGGACUGCUUCCUGUGCACCAGCUGCAAGCAGCAGCUGUCUGGCCAGAGGUUUACCUCUAGAGACGACUUUGCUUAUUGUCUCAACUGCUUCUGCAACCUUUAUGCCAAGAAGUGCGCUUCCUGCACUACCCCUAUUAGCGGCCUUGGAGGCAGCAAGUACAUUUCCUUUGAGGAGCGCCAGUGGCACAAUGACUGUUUCAACUGUAAGAAGUGCUCUGUGUCCCUGGUGGGGCGUGGAUUCCUCACCGAACGUGAUGAUAUCCUGUGCCCUGAGUGUGGCAAGGACAUGUAAUUCAGUCUGAGGGAUGACAGAGACAUCUGAUUGGAUGAUAACUAUGAUCAAGGAAUGAGAAACAUGCAAUAAAUACUAUCUGAGCAUAUCUAUACUACCAAGCAUUACUAUGAAUGUAUAUUGUUUUACGAUAUGAAAUACAAACUAAUAACAGUGAUAUUUGAAUUCAAAAUGUUUAAGUUAAAUUUUAAUUCUUUGAGAAAAAGUCUUUACUAACAAAAUAACUCAGCACGAAUGUAAAGACAUUUGCUUAUGAAAGAGCAACACGUUUGCAGACACUGUAAGCAUUUUGACAUAAAUGCAGACUUUGACGUGUAAUAAUUACUGCUUUGUGCAUGGAUUAGCUUGGUGCUGAAAUUAGAUUGAGUUUUGUGAAUGAGUUCUGCUAUAACUAGACAAAUAUAAUAUUCAUAUUGCAACUUCACUCCUAUAAAAGCUAAUUGUAGCUAUGCAUGAAAUUACAUAAAUUUUAGAAAUAUUAAUACAAAAAAAACAUCACGAAGAGGUCAAAAUGUUUCUUUUGGCAACUUUUAAGCUGAAAAUGCAGGAAUUUAAAAUAUAUAUUUAAUAAAAAUUUUAAAACAUAUUGCAGAAUGCUGGGUCAAAACCCCUUAAAAGGAAUUUAGAUUUCCUUUAUUUAAUCAUUUAAUCUCAAUAUUCACUUUAAAAGUACAUUAUGUAAUAUAUAUUAACAUACCAGCAUAUCAAACAUGGGCCACUAAGCUGCUGACUUUUCUACUGCAAUUAAAUCAACAAAAGUGAUGCAUUGUAUUGGACAUUUUAUUUAAAAAAAAACUGUUUGUACAAAUAUGUCACUUGAUUUGACAGUGGAUUCAAAAUGCUUUGUGAAUCCUGUUACUGUAUGUUUCUAAACUCUGUCAGUUUCAAAGACAGCAACCGCAAAGUCAAUUUAUCCACAAUUUUCAAAUAAAUCUACUUCAACAAGA